AAGGCAGCGGCAGUGGGGCCAGCAGCAGCAUGAAGACUUACCUGGCCUCUGGCAGCCCCCAGCAGAGCGGGCAGCUGGGGCUCCUGCCUGACAUUGUGCGUCGCUCCAGCUCCAAGAGGCAGCUCAGGCCUGACUCGCUGGUCAUGUACCGGCAGAAGUGUGAGUUUAUGCGAGGAGCGGCGGCCACCAGCAGCGCCCGCAGUUUCAAGGGCACUGGCAGCCUGGUCCGUUGGCUGCUGCCCGGCUCUAGCAGCCGGGGCGACAAGCAGCAGGGGCUGGCAACAGGAGCAUCAAUAUCGGAAGGGGGAGAAUUAGCAGAGGGGACAGAGGCUGCAGCACCCCAGGGUGCACAAGUAACCACACCAGCAGCACCCCAGGGUUCACAAGUAACCACAUGAGCAGCACUCCAAGGAGAAACAGCAGCCACGCCAGCAACACCCCAGGGUGCACAAGUAACUACACCAGCAGCACCCAAAGGGUGCACAAGUAACCACUCCAGCAGCGCCCCUGGAAGCACCAGUCGCCACACCAGCUGCAUCCCAGGGUGCACAAGUAACCACGCCAGCAGCGCCACGAGAAGCAGCAUCAGGUCGCCCCAAGGAGCCGCU